AUUUGAAGAAGUCUCUGUAUCCGCUUAUGUAUUUUUCUCUCUCGCACUCUCUCUCUCACUUUCUAGCGAAACUAAAACCGUACAUAUUUUUUUAAAUUAAAAAAAAAUUCAAAAAUAAUAAAUCUAUUUUCUAACAGUUUUAAGAAGCAAAAGUUACACCACAAGUUUACAAGUUGCUGACAGGAUGUCGUGAGGGAGGAAAGGAGAGAGCGAGACAGUCGACUGGAGGAGGAGAGGACGGGGUGUUUAGGCAACAAGAGAGACAGAGAGAGUGUGAAAGAGAGGAGGAGGAAGACGAUGGCGACAGACGCGGGCGAACCAGCAGGCACUGAGGAACCGGAAAAAACUGAUGGAGUGAGUGUGGAGAAGAGGAAGGUGCAGGAGAGAGAAGGGGGCAUCGAGAGCAGCCCUGGGGGCAACAGGAACGGCGCUGGAGCGGCCUUGGUCCUUCUGACCUCCACUUGCAGCGUGCCGGUCCCCGCUUCAACCCCUCCGUCUUCCCCUUCCUUGAGGAUAAAGAUGCCUGCCUCCCACGGCGGGGUGGAGACUCGUGAGGCAGUGGGGGUCUCCUGUAGUGGCGGGAGAGAGAACAACAAGCGUUUCUUUCGCAAGAGCGUGGAGCUGUGCGAGGAGGAGGAGGAGGAGGAGGAGAGAGAAAUCGCUAAACAGGGCUGCACUGGCACGGAGAGCUCGGACAGCGUGUUUGCCAGCAGCCCCGGGGCCCCGCUGUCUUCAGCAGCUCCACCUGCAGCCCGCGGCCCCCGGGAACCCCCCGGUAAAGACAGAGCGGCCGACACCGGCUCAGCUGCUGCCAUCGCGGCCGCCAGGGUGCGGACAGAGAAGGAGCUGGAGGAGGAGGCGGAGAUGAAGGCAGUGGCCACCUCGCCCGGGGGCCGGUUUCUCAAGUUCGACAUUGAGCUGGGCAGGGGAGCCUUCAAGACCGUCUACAAGGGGCUGGACACUGACACCUGGGUGGAGGUGGCCUGGUGCGAGCUGCAGGAUCGGAAGCUGACCAAAGCAGAGCAGCAGCGCUUCAAGGAGGAGGCGGAGAUGCUGAAGGGGCUCCAGCACCCCAAUAUUGUGCGUUUCUACGAUUCGUGGGAGUCCUCUCUGAAGGGGAAGAAGUGCAUCGUCCUGGUAACUGAGCUCAUGACCUCCGGCACCCUCAAGACGUACCUGAAACGCUUCAAGGUGAUGAAGCCCAAGGUCCUCCGUAGCUGGUGCAGGCAGAUCCUCAAGGGCCUUCACUUCCUGCACACGAGGACCCCUCCCAUCAUCCACCGGGACCUGAAGUGCGACAACAUCUUCAUCACCGGUCCCACGGGGUCCGUGAAGAUCGGGGACCUGGGCCUGGCCACCCUCAUGAGGACCUCCUUCGCCAAGAGCGUGAUCGGCACCCCUGAGUUCAUGGCUCCAGAGAUGUACGAGGAGCACUAUGAUGAGUCUGUGGAUGUCUACGCCUUCGGCAUGUGCAUGCUGGAGAUGGCCACUUCAGAAUACCCGUACUCCGAGUGCCAGAACGCAGCCCAGAUCUACCGCAAGGUCACCAGCGGCAUCAAACCCGCCAGCUUCGAGAAGGUGAGCGACCCAGAGAUAAAGGAGAUCAUUGGGGGGUGCAUCCGGCAGAACAAAAGUGAGAGACUCUCUAUAAAGGACCUGCUGACCCACGCGUUCUUCGCGGAGGACACCGGGGUGCGUGUGGAGCUGGCAGAGGACGAUGAUGGGGUGAAGGACUCCCUGGCCCUGCGGAUCUGGGUGGAGGACCCCAAGAAGCUGAAAGGGAAGCACAAAGACAACGAGGCCAUCGAGUUCAGCUACGACCUGGAGAAUGACCUGCCAGAGGGGGUGACACAGGAGAUGGUGAAAUCGGGUUUCUUCAACGAGAGCGACUCCAAGGUCGUGGCGAAGUCGAUCCGCGACCGGGUCACGCUGAUCAAGAAGUCCCGCGAGACGCGGCAGCUGCUGCGCGGCUACGAGGAGCGUCGCGACUCCCAGACCCCCUCGCUCGGGGGCGGCGUGUCCACCUCCUCCCAGCUCAGCGGCCUGCUGCCCUCCCUCAGCCAGCCUGCAGGGGGCGUGGCGGCGGUGCCCGUGACCGGAGGGACCCUGGGAGACGGUGAGGAUCUCACUGAGGUGGACCAGCAUGUGAGGCAGCAGCAGCAGAAGCAGCUUGGGCAGACCUCCACUCUCACAGGUGACGGUACUGGGGAGAGCUGUGCCGGUCCCGCUGUUUUCUCGGACCCCGGCGCUGAGCAGCUCCUCUGCGGACACCACCAGGUUCCCAGCAUGCAGCAGGCUGAUCCGGGCUCGCAGAAGCAGUACCAGCAGGGUCACCAGCCACACCAACAACAGCCGGGCAGCUACCAGCAGGGCACUGUGAUGACAGGGGCUGGAUACUGUCAGCAGCAGAUCGUGCAGCAACUACAGACACAGGGUUACACCCAGCUCCAGAGCCCUGUCAUGAACACAGCCCCAGCAGCACAGCUGCCACUCAGCAUCCCUGUUCAGCAGCACCCUGAUGCCCCCCAGCAGCCUCACGGGAUGGAGGGGCAGCCCCUAGCCCAGCUGCCAUCGCAGGCAGGGUCUGGCACGAUCCAGCUGGACUCUUCCACCGGCUCGGCACCUGCCGCCUCCACCACAAACCCCAGCCCCAGCCUGAUGGCUCUCCCCCAGCCUCAGCCACAGGCUUUCCAGACCGGAGCGUGCCCCCAGGCAGGGGGUCCUGGACCGACGGCUACAGCUGUCGUGGAUCCCAGUGAUCCUGCUUGGGUUGCACCACAACAAAGUGUCCUGCAGCCACCACAUCAAGCUCCAACAGCACAGGUAGCCCAACACCAGUCCGACUCCUUGCAGAUUCAGCAGGCUUUAAUGCAGCAGCAGCAGCAGCAGGCUUUCUUGUCUCAGCAGCCGUCGCAUUUGCAAUUGCAUGGAGGUUUGACCGAGUCGCAAGUACAGCACCAGCAGCAGCAAAUAAUUCCCGGGCCACCUCCAGCCCAGAAGCACCCUUCUGUGGUUCAGGACUCCUUGCAGCUUCAACAGGCCUUAAUGCAGCAACACAUCAAGCAGCAGCAGCAGUACUUAGUGCAACAGCAGAUGGAUCCCCAGGCUUUCGUAUCACAGCAGCAGCAGCGGGGACAGCAAGCCGCGUCGACGGGGCACGCCGCACAGUUUCAGGCAGAGCAGCGUUAUUUACUACAGCAGGCGCAGCUCGGCUACCAACAGCAGCAGCCAUCGCAGCAGCACCAGGCAACAGGCGGGCCGGUACCGGCACAGCAGCCAUCGCAGCAGCACCAGGCAACAGGCGGGCCGGUACCGGCACAGCAGCCAUCGCAGCAGCACCAGGCAACAGGCGGGCCGGUACCGGCACAGCAGCCAUCGCAGCAGCACCAGGCAACAGGCGGGCCGGUACCGGCACAGCAGCCAUCGCAGCAGCACCAGGCAACAGGCGGGCCGGUACCGGCACAGCAGCCAUCGCAGCAGCACCAGGCAACAGGCGGGCCGGUACCGGCACAGCAGCCAUCGCCGGCUGUAGUUCAGCGGGGCCAGCUGCCAGCGGCCGGACUGACCCCGCAGGUCGCACAGCAGCCUCAGCGACAGGACCUGCAGCAGCAGCAGCAGCAGCAAGCGGCCCACCUUCAGCAGGACCUGUUGCGAUGGCAGCCAGCUCAGUUACAGGCUCAGCAGCCACCCGUCCAGCGGCAACAGCCCAGUCAAGCUGAACAGGGUCUGCAGCAGCAGACUGUGUUAAAAUCUCAACAGCCACCGAUGGUUCAGCUGCAGCAAGCCCACUUCCAACGACAGCUGGGUCAAGAUCAGCAAAAUGUGUCAUUACAGCAGCAGCAGCCUGACCCUGUCCCUCAGCAACGCCACCUUCAGCUCCAGCACCCCGUGACUGUCCCUCUGUACAGCCAGGUAGUGGCGGGGGUCCCCCCCACGCAGCCCGCGCCCGCGGCUGCAGCAGCUCCGCCCUGCCUGGGCAGCGCAGCAGCCCGGCCCCCCCAGCAGCAGGCAUUUGAGAGCCAGCAGUCGGGGGCUCAGGCCUUGCCGCCGCCACCCCUCCUCAGCCCCUCUCGCCUCGCCCUGCCUGCUUCCGACCCGGGGGGCGGCUGCCGUGCUGCCCCGGGACAGUGUUCUCCGCCACAGUCUGCGGAUCGACAGGAGACCCCCGUGCCCGCCCCCGUGCCCGCUCCUGACGCCAGUCCCGUCCCUCAGCCCGCUGCUGGAGCUGCCCCCGCCGAUAGCGGCCUAGUUGAGGAGCUGAGGGCUCAGCGCACAAGGAGAGAAAGCUUGGAUCAGUCAUGGCAAAAACAAGACUCUGUCCUCGGAGGCCCGCUGGAUGUGCAGAGCACUGCGAUGGUGGAGGAGGAGGCCGGGGGGAAUGGCAAGUUAGACAAACCCAAACCACAGAGGAGGACGUCCUGCCAGAGAGCAGACAAGAGCACCCGCUUCCAACUCACCAUGCUGCGGGUCUCCUCGAGUGGAGACAACAUGGUGGAGUGCCAGCUGGAGACACACAAUAACAAGAUGGUGACCUUCAAGUUCGACAUCGACGGAGACGCACUCGAGGACAUUGCAGAGUACAUGGUGGAGGAGGACUUUGUGCUGGACCUGGAGAAGGAGAAGUUUGUGGAGGAGCUUCACUGCAUCGUGGCUCAGGCCCUGGAGAUCCUGCAGACUGGAUCCACAGAGCAGCUUCAGAUGAACCCACCUCCCCCACCUCAGCUGGAUUCCUCCCAGUCCUCCCCAGUAGGUCGCUGGCGGUUCUUCAUCAACCAGACCAUCAGACACCGUGAGUCCCAGUCUGGCCAGGGUGCCCCCAUGACCCCUGCUGGAGACUCUGCAGAACUGCAGCCUGGAGGUGAUGACACUGCUGCAGCUGAAGAGGGCAAGCACAUGGCCAGCCAGCCUCUACCUGGCUCUGCAGCGCUCCCUGACCCCUCCGCUACCACGACUGCUGCUCCAGCUGCUGCACCUGCUGCAGGGGGGGUCUUGCAGGCUGGGGUGGGGGGUCCCCAAACCCGCGCCGCCGCGAUCGAAGGAGGGGAAACAACGACCACCCCGGCAGGGCCUCGACGAAGCAGCGCAGAAGAAUGCGCCCCCAUCCCGGUGGGCCCCUCGGCCGCACCCGAACAAGAAGAAUCAGAGCUGAACCAGGGUCCCGUUCGCGCCCGCAGCGCCACCCCGGAGCCUUGCGUUCAGCCCCUUGCCCUGACCCCCGUGGAACCCCUGGAGCCACCCCAGAACCAGGGCGGGACCCCCGCUUCCAACCCCAGCCCGGCCCAGCCCUCCUCGGUGCCGGAGUCGGACGGGGAGGGCCCCCCGAAGAUGGAUUUCGUGGACAACCGCAUCAAGACUCUGGACGAGAAGCUGCGGACCCUGCUGUACCCGGAGCACAGCGGGACAGGGGCCCCCGCCGGCUCGGUGCCCCCCCUGACUGCCUCGGAAGAGGGCCCUGGGGGGGAGGAGGCCGUCCCGGACUCGAAGCCUUCCUCCUCCUCCUCCUCCAGGUCAUCCUCCUGCUCGGACCUCACCGCGGUCACCGCCAGUCAGGGGCCGGAGGUCACCGAGGACGGGAGGGCAGCGCUUCAGAUUCCUGACCCCGCGGAGAGGGAAGGGGCAGAUCUCGCUGGCCCCUCCCAGCCUGCGGUGAAUCAGCUGCCCCCUCCCUGCUCUUUCUCCUGCCCGCUCUUCGGCCGAGACUCCCCCUCCGCAGCGGCCAGGGCUCUGCCCGUUGAGCCGGCGGUGCUUGCGAUCCUCCCCCACUCUGAAGCCUCUUCCCCUGCAGACCCAGGCCAGGGAGCCCUCAGAGCUGGAGCACACAAGCUGCAAGCAGGAGGUGGAUAUUUUGGCCUAAGCUUUACUUGUCCUAGUCUCAGAAACCCUGUUAGCAAGAAAUCGUGGAGUCGCAAAUUGAAAAGCUGGGCUUACAAGCUGCACUCGAGCAGCCUUUUCAAGAGGUCAAGAGUCCGUCAAGAGGGCAGUGUGCGCCACGCUGGUGAACUCUUUGAAUCGACCUCGGAGCGCAGUGAGGGGCCCGACGCUGACCCCAGCCCUGCCAGAGAGGGGCCCCAGCAGAGGGGUCGCUUCCAGGUCACGACUGUGCUACAAGAAGCCACACCCACUCCCCCUAGAUCUGCAGAUGAGGGGUCCCCCGAACAGAACGGGGGUUCGGAGGAGACUAGGGGGGCCCUGGAAUUCACCGGGGACUCACGGGAGCAGGAGAAGACGACGGGCCGGUUCUCAGUGAGGCGAGCCCUGGGACCAGAGCAGCAGAACCAGGGUCCUGGGGAAACAGACAGCUCCUCCGUCACCCCAGAGCGUGACUCAGAGUCCAGAUCGACCUCCUCCUCCUCCUCCUCCUCCUCAAAGUCAGGGGGCUGGGCCAGCCCACCACAGCCCAGCACAGACCGGGUGAGCCCCCCCAGGGCCUGCCCCCCCCAGCAGGAGCAGGGGACCCCGAGGCUGCCCUCCUCCUCCUCCCCCCCCUUCAGCAGCGACGAGGAAUCGGAGGAUCUGAGGAGAGAGCUGCACACGCUCAGAGAGAAGCACAUCCAGGAGGUUGUGACUCUCCAAGCCCAGCAGAACCGGGAGCUGCAGCAGCUGUACAUGCAGCUCCACCAGCUGAAGGGGUGCAAGACCCCCCCGGCGCCCCACGGGCUGCCCUCGCAGUGCCCAUCUCCUCGCCGGCCGCGCUCUGCCAAGGGGAAGCUACGCAGCCGCCCCCAGUCACUCACGCAGAACGACAAUGGGCUGCUCAACACUGGUGCCCAGCCAAUCUGCUGCCCCUCUGCUCCCUCCUCUUGCCUGCUCACCCACUCCUCUUCCUCCUCCUCCUCGCUCUUCGAUUCCCACAUGAACGUCCAGGAGACCCUGCAGAGCCUUGGCUGCCAGCAGGGAGUCACAGAGCAAGGUCCUGUGAUGUGCAGCAAUGCCAACGUCUGCCAGCAGGGCUCUGCCAAUAAGAAGGGCACGUUCACGGAUGAGCUGCACAAGCUGGUUGAUGAUUGGACGAAGGAGACGAUGGGCACCGCCCACACGAAGCCCAGCCUGAACCAGAUCAAGCAGAUUCAACAGAAGCAGGAGAUCGGUGUGUGGAGCAAACCUCUCGAGGGUUCUCCAGCUGGGUGGUUCUCGUCUGUGACCCCAGUCCCAGUCCCUUCCAUCCCAAUCCAGACUGGUACCUCCCCAUCCUCUUCCUCCUCCUCCUCCUCCUCCUCCUCCUCCUCCUCCUCCUUCCCAGCAGCCCCUCCUGCAGUAGCCUUGUACCCAGCUCCGCACCCGUGUACCUACAGCACAGGAAGUAGCGGCUACCCAGCACAACCCUGGACAGGAAGCCCAGCUGUUUCCCCCCUACAGAGCCAGCAACAGCAGCAGCAGCAGCAACUGCCUGCCAGCCAGCUCCCCUCCACUGGGAACGGGAUACACGGCCGGGGGCAGCCUGGACCCAAGUAGCCGAGAGGAGAGAGGGCAGGAGUGAGGGGAGAGGGGAGGGGAGAGGGCAGAUGUGAGCUCUAGGGGGUGGGCAAGGAGAGAGCCUGCCUGCCUGUAUUAUGGUAUUAUGGAAGUGUAGUGUGCCAACGCUGGGGGUGGGGGGGGUUUGUGU